CCCGCCAUACAAAUUAGCGUGGCCUCGCUUUUAUUGAAGCCACUUUUGAGGUCGCGUUCUCACGUCCUUGAGCCUUGUCAAAAUCCUCCUCGGCAACUGCACGCGUAGCUAGCUACUCGGCGAGCUGCAAAACGUCCACAAACUUUUCCGGGCAACUUUUUUCAAAUCACAAACUUUUUUUUUUUUUUGAGGGGGGAGUGGGGGGUUUGUUUUUCGGACGUCUCCAUCUGUGAGCAUGACGCGGAGGUCGUACGCCAUCUACGCAGUGGGCGUCAUUUGCGCCACCCUGCUCGUCGCGGGCAUCGGCUUGCUCGCCUCGCACACUUUUCGCCGGAUGAUGCACAACCGCCUCAAGAAGGAAAUUGUUUUGGUGGAGGGCAGCCGCGUAUUUGAGUCAUGGAAGAGGCCACCUCCUCCCGUCUACAUGGAGUAUUUCUUCUUCAACGUCACCAACGUAGAUGAGUUCCUUGCCGGGGCCAAACCGGUGGUGAACCAGAUUGGGCCCUACACUUACAGGGAGUACAGGUACAAGGACAAUGUGACCAUGGUGGAUGAUGGAAAAAUGGUGUCGGGGUCCAACACUAAAAGCUUCGUGUUCCUGAGGGACAAGUCUGUCGGUGACCCUGAAUUGGAUAACAUCACCACUGUUAAUAUACCGGCUUGGGCUGUGAUGAACAAGGUCAAAGGGAGCUUCUGGAAAUCCUCCAUGGUGUCCAUUUGGAUGAACUCCAUCGGGUGUGGCCUAUUUACCACGCGCACUGUGGACGAACUGUUGUGGGGCUACGAGGACCCCCUGCUAACCCGCAUUAAUCCAAGCAAUCCGGAGGUCGGGACCAUUUUUGGUCUUAUGUACAAGAAAAAUGGAUCCCACGAUGGUGGAUUCGUCUUUCACACCGGGGAGCAGAAUUACUUGGAUUACGGCCGAGUGAAAACAUGGAAAGGUCAAAGCCAGCUGACCUUCUGGAACUCCAACCAAAGCAACAGCAUCAACGGUUCUGACGGAAGUGCCUUCCAUCCCUUACUGAAAAAGGAUGAGCGGAUCUACAUUUUCACCCCGGACCUUUGCAGGUCCAUCUACAUGGAGUUUGAGAAGGACGUAGAAGUGAGAGGGAUCCCGGCGUACCGCUUCACGCCGCCGCGCUCAGUGCUGGCCAGCAAAGAGGAGAAUCCGGCCAAUGAGGGCUUCUGCGUCACCCCGCAGGAGUGCCUCGGGACGGGCCUCCUCAAACUCAGUCCUUGUCGGACAGGUGCUCCGGUCGUGGCCUCUUUUCCUCAUUUCUACCUCGCCGAUUCCAAAUAUGCGGCGGCUAUCGAAGGAAUGUCCCCAGAAAUGACGCACCACCAAACCUACCUCGACCUAAACCCGACUACGGGCAUAAUUGUGCGUGCAAACAAGAGAGCGCAGAUCAACAUCUUAAUGAAUAGGAUUUCCGGCUUCCCGAAAACCAGAGGUCUUAACGACACCAUCUUCCCAGUCAUGUUCCUGAAUGAGAGCGUGGUCAUGGACGAGGCAUCGGCGGCGAGGGUCCACAAGUUGCUGAUGAUCGUCAAAGUGGUCUCUAACUUCCCGCUCAUUUUUCUGGCUCUUGGUGGCAUCAUGCUGGUGGUCCUGAUCGUCUUGCUGAUACGUGAGCGCAAGCAGAAGGCGACCGCUGAGGAGAACACAUCUUACUCUCCGGUGUGUGAAAAGGAAAAGGAAGACCCUCAAAAUGGAAAGUACAUCGGUCUGACGCCUAAAGCGGACUCGCAAGCUUGAGCGCCGUUGCCGUUGAUGUUUUGAAGCACAAAACACUGCAAAUUAUACGUCCGAAACCUUCAAUUUGUCAGAGAAAAAAAAAAAAAACAUUUCCUUGUUUUUAGUUAAUGAGACUGCUGAUUAUAGAUUAAAACAUCUCGAGAUUGCAAUCAAAACAAACAUGACCGAAAUGGGGUUGGGAUCAAUAUUUCAGUAUUACGACUGCCAGAAUCCGCCACUGACUACAAUUUUUCAAGCGCCCAUACAGGAAGGGGAAAUGGACACUUGUUGUUAGUAUUAAAAUCCUCACCCGUCCCCCCUCCUCACCCCCAUUACGAAAUGUUACCAAGCAUUGUUUGUGUGUCGUCUGCCUAAAAGCAUCUUUUUAUGUAGAAUGACAAGAUUUGGAGACGCUCGCAGCCCACCUCACUGGCAUGAGCGUCAGACAAAAAACAAAAAGCGCUGUAUAUUUUGUAAAAUAAGAAAGUCCUUCUCGUUUUUUUUUUCCCUUGUUGUAAAUGUUCAUGUAGAAAACGUCCAAAUGAAGGACUUCAGGUCUGCUUAGAGUAGGUCGACACUUUUGUCGAAGCCCCUUUCGUGCCGCCUUUAAAUCCAGCAUUUCCCCAUAUUGCUGUAUUCCGCAUGAAUGACAGUGACAAGGAAUGGCGUGACAAAGUUGACCGUGAAAUUUUCCACCUUCAGAAGUCGUAUCAGAGCUACAGACAGCAUUUUCCUCCCAUUUUUCAGCUUUACAGAUGCCACUUCUGCUGUGCCUGUUGCGGCGCACAGUGGCAUCAGAUGUUACAUUUAAAAGGUAAAUACCACUACCGCCUAUUUGCAUCUGAGAAGGGAAACAUAGGUGUCUGCCGAGGUGGGAAAUUCAUUUUUCCAAGUGGAUAAUUAAUUUUGGAAUGUGGUCUGUUAGUAAGGAUGAUGAAGAAGGAAAGAUGCUGUUAAAGAUAAAUUGCACUGAUGCAAAAUAGGGGACAUAAUGGAAAGCGACAUUUUCCCACUUUCAGUAGUCGCAUCAAAACCCGAACAGAACCUGUGUAUAAAGCCCCUUUUUUACCCUGCUUCUAAAAGCCACAAUUUUACCUUUUUUUUUUUUUUUAUGUUCCUGUUCUGUACACCACAGUGAGGUGGGGCGAUGCCCGUCUGUAACUGCGUCAAGAUUAAUGUGGACACCCGCUUCUCCUGCCAUGCUGUUUUAUGUCAGGUGGCACGGUGAGCUCAGCCGGUAAAGCGUUGGCCUCACAGUUUCGACGUCCCGCGUUCAAUCCCGGCCCCGCCUGUGUGGAGUUUUGCAUGUUCUCCCCGUGCCUGCGUGGGUUUUCUCCGGGCACUCUGGUUUUCUCCCACAUCCCAAAAACAUGAGACAUUAAUUGGACACUCUAAAUUGCCCGUAGGUGGGAUUGUGAGUGCGGCUGUUUAUCUCCAUUUGCCCUGCGAUUGGCUGGCAACCAGUUUAGGGUGUACCCCGUCCUCCUGCCUGUUGACAGCUGGAAUAGGCUCCAGCGUUCCCCGCGACCCUCGUGAGGAUAAACGGCUAAGAAAAUGGAUGGAUGAAUAUUUUAUGUCACACCGUGGUGCAUUAAAAUUUUAUUUAGUCAGCAGUGUAUUUUGCGUGAGAAAAUGUAAAAAUACUUCACGAUGUACAACCUCAAAAAGCAAAAAUGUCAGUACAGUUUGUUGUAUGAAUGGCAACAGGGGGGCUACAAAGGUUAAGCGGACCUUCUGCCACCUAGUGGAAAGAAUAUGUACUUCUUCUGCCUCUUAGUUGCAUCAACGGCAUAGAUACAGUAUUUGUACUACAUAAGUAAUCAUUUUUGGACUAAUUAAGAGACAUUUCCAGGUACACACCUGACGAUCGCCACGGCGGUUGGGAGUCACUGAUGGAAAUGAUUCGAUUAUGGGAUGUGGUGGCAUUGCGCACAAAAUGUCCACCGUUUUGGCAACAUCCUGCUCCGUCCGGUUUCUGUGUAAAUAGAAAAGGUGGAUAAUUCACGGAUCUCCUGCUCUGAUUUUCAUGCAGUACUGUGGUUUUUUUCCCCUGGAUUUUAACUGCUCCUACAAAUAGUUACUGUAACGUUACCGCUCAGUGUUUUAUUUGGGAAAAGUGCCCCAGCCUCCAGUCCAAACACUUCUACUGGGAUGGAUGAAAUGAGGAAAUGAUGAUUUUAUUAUUGUUUUUAAGUGUUCAAUGCUGCAUUGGAGCCACAGCAGUCAGGGGGUCAUCAUUUGUGAAAUGGUGCUUGCCUGUAAAUAUUCUUUUUUUUUUUUUUAAUUCUCUAUUCUGUUAUUGCAACCAAACACAAUCACGCAUCAGGUGUAUAGUUUUGAUUGAGUCGUAUCUCAAGGCUUUUAACAUUGUUUAGCAAAUUGCUGCUUGGAAAUUAGAUUUUUUUUUUUAACACGAAUGAGCCCAUUUCUGCUAUUAUUACUAUUGUAUUAUGUUAUUAUUACUUAGGGAUGGCCAUAACAAGACAGAAAUUAUGCCAAUUGUGUGGGAUUUAUUGUUGAUUAUGUCUUGAAACAAUGGAAACAAUAUGGAAUGGAUCGAUAUUCUCAACUAGUUCAAAUUCUCAAUAUUCCUCAACUAGUUUUCCAACUCAAGAAGAACAAAGUUAAAUUCUUUAACCAUGUAGAUUAUUUCAAAUAACUUCAUCCAUCUUAAUUAAUGGUGAAACUUUGUUUAAAGCUAUUCGUGCAAAAAUUGCACCAAGAAAACAUCCCAACAUUUUGAGUUUUUUUUUUUGUAUUU